AUGCUGUUGCUGCGAUUACAACCCUUUCAGCGACAACUCGAAGGAAUCGGAGAUCUACGAUCUGCCGUUCGCUCUGCGAAAACUAACGGUGUGAAACCCGACGGGGUAUUGGGCCCUGAUCCCUUGCUCGUGCAUUACCGCGAGGAAAACGAAAGGCUGCAGAAUGCAAAUGAGGAACUAGCGGAAAAAGUUCGCAACCUCGGAGAGAGCCUCGCCGAACGAGAUUGCUGCGACGAUCCGUGCAAAAAAGUUAAAUACGUGAGGGAGAAAAUAGCUGCGCUGAGAGAUCGUUUCGCCGCCGAAAAAAAACAAAUGCGAGAUACGAUAUCGCAUCUGAAGCUGAAACUGGCGGAAGCGGAGGAGGAUACUUCCUGUGCGGCAUUAAAUCGUUUGAGGGCGAAGCUUCGUGAGUUAAUGAAAGAUGGUCAGAAGGCCGAUCAACAGGUGUCCGUGGUUGUCGAGAGAUCAAUGCAGACAUCGGAUCUAUCAAAGAGCUGCGAAGAUCUGCGAACGGAGAACGAGCGCCUGCAAGCUGAGCUCAUGCAAAUUCGUCGUUCGAUGAGAGAGAUCGAGGAGGGUGUGAUUCCUCUACCGGCGGACGAGGAGGAAGCAGACAUGUCGGCAUUGUUAAGUCAGCUUCGAAACUGCGAAACGCUUCUGGCCGAAUUAAAAACGCAUCUGGAUGAGAAGACGGCUUAUGCGGAGACACUACGAAGCGAACUCGAGCAACAGAGAGCCGUCACUGCCGCGGCGACGUUAGAUCUCGAUCGGACGAUCGUCAGGCAGGCGGUUAUGAUGGAUGAGAUAAAGAAGAUCGAGGAAAAGAUUACGGAGCUUCUUGAGAGCCUGCGGCAGUCGGAACUGGCUGUGCUGGGCAUGAGUAAGUUGCAGAGCGAGAUCGAAGAUAUGAGAUCCCAACUGUAUAAUCUUGAGACAGAGAAAAAGGAACUUCUCAAUGAGUUGGGGGAGAUACGGGAUGUGGUGUACCAGAAGGAUAGUCAAAUAGUUAAACUUAGCGACGAAAACGAAUCUCUGAAGCUGCACGUCGAGACAGCGAAAGCCAAAUGCGACGAAUUAAAGAAUAAUAAUGCUUUGUUAGAUAGGGAAAUUCGAAAAACGCGAGAAGAGCUGAAGAGAAUAACGGAGGAAAAUAAUGAGUUGAAGAACGAGAUCGAUAAGUUGAACGUUGACCUGCGUCUCGGAGAAGAAAAAUUUCAAGUGAUGCAAAAAGAGCUAGGGGGCACGAGGGGCGAUUUGCAUAGUCUCGAGGCUGAAAAUGAAUUCUUGAAGGAGACAUUGGAAAAUGCUAAAUUGGAGACUAACGAACUUAAAGAAGAAAACGUUGCUUUGAAAAACAAUCUUGAUAACAUGAUUAAGGAACUGGAAUCUUCGAGAAAGGAAAAUAAUGAUAUUAAGGCGGAAAUAGAUCAAUUAUUAUUUGAGAAUAAGGAUUUAAGAGAUAAAUUAGAGAAACAAGCAACGGAAAGGGAUCGGUUAAAAUCGGAAGACAUUGCGUUAAAAGACGGUCUCGAUAGGUUGCUACAAGAAAUGGACAGAUUAAAGACUGAAAACGAUAAAUUAAAGAACGAAAGUACUGUUGUUCAAACCGAAAAGGACAAUCUGACAGCUGAAAGAGACAAUUUGAAAUCCGAGAAUAGUUUUCUUAAGGACGACUUAUCUAAGACAAAUGUAGCGUUAGACGACGCAGAGAAACAAUUGAACAAAUUUAAACUCGACAAUAGACUUCUUACAGAAGAAUUGGAAAAGGCUAAUGUAAAUAAUAACAAGCUAUUCAAGGACUUCAAUACUUUGCAGAGCGAAAUGGCAAAGUUGAAGUCGGAGAACAGAAAAUUAUUACAAGAGGUCGAUGAUGAGAAAGAAGAACUAACAAAAUUAUUGUCCGAAAUAGAAACUCUGAAAAAGGAGGUGGAUAAUACAAGUAACAAAUUGACAAGGGCAAAUAACGAAGUUGCAGAUUUGCGGCAAGAAACAGCUGGGUUAAAUAAUGAACUGAAAGAGGCGAAAGUUACAAAUGAACAGCUAAGGGCAGAUGUUCACCGAACAGAAGCGGAGAACAAAGAUAUUAAGGCGGAGAGGAAUAACUAUAAAGACGAAAAUGAUAAGCUAAAGGUGAAAUUAGACAAAUUGACGGAACAAAUAAAUUUAUCGACGGACGAAGUAAAUAUAUUAAGAGGACAACUCAACGUCGCUGAGGAUCGGGUUAAAUUUCUCCAAGCUCAGAUUGCUGGUUUACAGAUCGAUAAGGACAAGGUGCAGAACGAGUUCAACUCUUUGCAAAACGAGAUCAACAGAGUAAAACUAGAUCUAAGUGCAGAAACUACUGCUAAACGAGACAUUCAGGAGGAAUUAGCGGCGUUGAAGAGCGAGAUGAAAAAUUUGAUUUCAAAGAUCGAUGAGAUGAAGCUGCAAAAUCAUGCUUUAAAAGAAGAGAAAGACGUCCUCAAGAAGGAGUUGUUAAAUCUGGGCGAGGAAUCGUUGCGCCUGAGGGUCGCGAACGAUGAGAUGACGAGCGAGAUUAAUAAUUUAAAACCGGCCAUAUCUGAUCUUCAAUCGCAAUUAUCUAAAGCGGAAGAAGAUAUUGAAUAUUGGAAGUUGGAAAAUUUCAAGCUUAAAAUGGACAUAGAUAAGUUAUCUGUCGAGAAUGAAAAGACAAAGGAAGCCUUAAAUGUCUGCAAGGUUGAGCAUCAAGCAUUAGAGAAGGAGAUAACGAAUCUUAGAAAUGAGAAGAUUAAGUUCAAGGAAGAAGUAGCAGAGCUGAAAAAUCUGUUAGAAAAACUAAAGCAGUCUUCAGUUGCCGAAAAAUCUGCUAAAGAAGCAGUUGUGGAGAAACUAACGAAAGCAGAGGAUGAAGUCGUCGCUUUGCGAGAAGAACUUGAAAUAUUAAAAUCCGAAUUGAGUAAAUUAAGAACGGAAAAUGAUAAGAUGAGAGAUAAAGAGGAAAAUUUGUCGCAUCAAGUAUUAACAUUAAAAAUAAAAGUGGAAAACACGAAAGAUGAAAUAUUAGCUUUAAGAACAGAGAAUGACACAUUAAAAUCUGAAACAAAUAUAUUAACAGACGAGAAUAAUAAAUUAAAAUAUAAAUCAAACAAAUUGAUAUCCGAGGUUGACGAUUUGAAAAUAAAAAAUACGAAUUUAAAAGAAGAAAGACAGAAAUUCGAGGAAGAAUUUGGCAAACUGAAAAGCGAGGGCGAUGAACAGAAAGCUGAAAUUAAAGGUCUGAAGUCUAGUCUGGUAGCCGAACAGGCAUUAUCAGAAAAAAUUAGAUUGGAAUUAUCUACUAGCCAAUCGGAAAACGAUAGAUUAAGAGCAGAGUUGGAAAAGCUGCAGGAAAAUUUUGGUGCGCUUGAAUUAACGAACGGCAAGUUAAACAGUGAAGUGGAGGAUUUAAAGAAAACGUCGAUCGACGCACAGAAUAAAGUAAGCGCUUUGCAACAUCAUGUAGCCGCGUUGCUCGAAGAGAAGAAAGCACUUAUGAGUGAGUUAGACGCUUUACGAGUGGAAGUGAAUGAGUUAGAUAAAGAAGCUGCAUCGGAUAAAGCUGCGAAGGAAGCUAUUGAGAAAAAGGCGAUCGUUUUGAGCGAUGAAUUAACGGAUCUAAAAGCGGAAUUGGAUGGGACACGUGUAGAAAAUGAGAAUUUGAAGAAUAAACUAAACGAUGUGAAUAAACAAUAUGCUGCAUCGGCAAACGAAAAUGGCACUCUGAGAACUGAAAAUAUUAAAAUAGCAGCCGAACUCGAUUCUAUCAAGUUGAAUUUAACAAUGGCGAGGAAUGACCUCGAUAAGUCCGAGAAUGAGAACAGCAAGUUAAAGAAAGAGAUCGAUGAAUUGAAGACAGUACUCGGCAAUGCCGAAACGAAGAUUAAAUUUCUGGAUAGACAGCUUGUUGACUUGUCGAAUGAAAAAGAGCAGUUCGAAAAGGAAGUGAACAAUAUGAAAGCUGAAGCUGCGACUUUAAAGGCGCGUGCUGAUAACGCACGCGUCCAGCUUGAUGACUUAACUAACGAUUUGUACGCAGAGAAAUCAGAUAAGAACGCCGCCUUACAGGAAUUGGCUACCUUAAAAGAUACUUUGAUCUAUUUACAAGACGAUUUGAAUAGAUGCCGAGCGGACAACGAACGACUAACGAUCGAAUUGACUACUUUGAAGGAUCGAUCGCUUGCUCCUCCAAGGGAAGAUUUCGAAAAGUCGGAAAUUGAAAACGGCAAAUUGAGAGAUGAUUUGCCGAGAGUAAAGGCGGAGCCUGAUAAAGGACGGCUGGAUUUAGAAAAGUUAAUGACAGAAAAUAAGGAAUUGCGGGAUGACCUAAAAAGGGCGCAAAAUGAGAUCAAUAAAUUAAAAGAGAAUAUUGAAAAAUUGAAAGGUGAUUCUAUAAAGGAUGUGGACGAUAUCGACAGAUUUCAAAAUGAAUUGAAGACAUUGAUGCUCGAGAUAGACAAGGCGAGAGAGGAUUUAAGACACGCGACGGAAGAGAAUAAUAAAUUAAAAAUGAUCAAUGAAGGUCUCGAAUUAGAACUAGGUCAACUGAAAAUGCAGCAAAAUGAAAUAAAGGUUUAUCCCGAGGAAAUCGAUGAAAAAGUUAAUGGGUCAAAAGAGCAAAUCCGAAAACUGUUUGUUGAAAAUAAUGCGCUGAAAAUUGAAAAUUUAAAGCUCAAGUCCAAAUUAGAUCAGUGUCAAGUGGAGAUAAAGCGUUUGAACGAUGAAGUUAAUAAUUUGAAUGAAAAGAUCGAAUUGUUGAGAUCGUUUUCUCCAAUCGUAGAGGCUGGCGUGAUUAAACCGGAUGAAUGCGGCGACUUCGUUAAGGCGAAUGAAUUACUAAAGAAGCAAAUUGAAAAGCAAUAUGACGCCGUGCAACGCGUACGUGAUUAUAUACAAUUUGUGGACGGUAAAAUUCCCUCGAGACCCGCGAUGGCGACGACGUGGGACGACGAUUUCGAAAUCAAGCGCUGGACCGUACCGUCCGUCAUCGAGUUAUUAAAAGAGUCACAAAAGCUGUCCGAGAACAUUUAUCUGGCGGAAAUCGAAGUGCAAAAUAUCGAUAAGUUGCUGAAACUGCUUGAGCUUGCAGCUUUUGAUCCUGAAUCUUGGUUGAAGUCUUUGACGCUGACACAACUGGCCGAACUACACGAUAAAAUCUGUCUGUUAACUUCAAAUAUGGUGCAGCAAGAUAGCAGUCCUGCGGUCUGCGAUCGAUCAGCGAUUAAUCGAGACGGUGGCGAUCCGCUGCGGGCGGAUUACGAUGCUUUAAAUCGACGGAUCGCCGCCUUGCAGAAGCAAAUAGCCGAGAAGCAGAUUGAAGCGGGAUGGAAGCUGCAGGAAUUAAGGCGGACUCUUCGUCUCGAGCAGGCAAAACUGAUUCAAAUCUCCGACCGGAUGAAUCUCGAAAGAAGGCGCAACUUGGCACUCCACCUUACCAUGGAUGAUUCAGCGUGAAGCUUUCUUUCCAAUUAUAUUAACGGACAUGGUAAAAAUGUAGCAAGCUCUGGUUGCUGGAUGCAACAACAAGAUAAAAUAUAUUUUUUAUAUUUCUUUCUUUCAUGUCGAUAUAUAAAAUAAAAAGAUAAUACAAGAACUCGAUCAAUACUUGAUUAUGAGUAAUAAUCAAUAAUUUAGUACCUUAAAAACUAAUUUGAUUCGAUUAAUUACAAGUUCAUAAUUAAACGCCGGAAAGGAUACCAAAUAAAAUAGCGCUUUUCGAAA